CAUAUUACCUGUUUAUCCGAAAACUUAUUGCGCAGCUGAAAGUUGUCUGAGGCUAUAUAAUCGCAAUAUGUCUGAUGAUCACUUAUUAUAAUAAUGAAUGUUUUCAAGCUUUCAGUUCUCGGGACUCUGUUUUGUGGAUUUCUGAAUAUGAACUUAGCUUAUAUCAGAAAUUGCACGGGAGCUUGUAACUUACAGUUUCGAUGUAAUCCCUAUGGCAGGAAUAUUAUAUGGACUAUUUCGGAAGGGACUUGCCGUGUUUUCCAGAACUCGUGUCUUUUAGGAUCCCUGAACUGCCAAAGGGAAAAUCAAUGUUUACAACCUUUGCUUUUAACUUCUCAAGAUCAAUGCAUGACCUAUUGCCCAGGUCACUGUCCUUCAGGUGGGCCACAAGUCUGUGCCUCUUUUUCAUAUGUGGACAGCAACGGAGUUAAUGGAGAUCGACAAAUGACCUUCCUAAGCCGCUGUCAUCUGAACCAGUAUGCCUGCAAAAAUGCCAAUGCAUAUAUUGGAGAACCCUCAAACGGUCCCUGUCCUUAGAAAACAACUAAUAAUAAACAUUAUGAAAUACACACAAAAAUAAAAAAUGUUAUCAUUAUUGAAAGUUCUUUAAAAAUUCGUAUGGUGACGAUUUCAUUAUGGGUAAUUCUUUACUUGCUCUAAUAAGCAUUUUAA